UGCUUGCAGCAUGGCGAACUUGGAGCAUGCUGAAGACGACCAGAACCACGUGAAAAUGCCAGGUGAAUUCCCCGCUGCUGGUUCGCCAGUCAAACCGGGUCAAGAGUCCUGCGGACCGGCUGGACCCGUGGGCGCCAUCCCGUCUUUCUCGGCUGCCUCGGAGCUGCUGUCGGCUCCGUACUCCUGCCUGGUCCUGAACUCCCACCGGAGGCACAUCGUGUUGCCGCCUGUCUAUCUGAACAAGAAGAGGACGGGGAUACAGGAGGAGCUGGACGCCGAGCUACUUAAGUUCUCCCGCUGUCUACAUGGAGUUCCUUUAGCAUAUGACAACAUCAGGAUCACUAAACAACAUGGAGACAUUUACGACGACAGCGGCUACAUUCACCUGGACAUCGAGGCUAACUUCAUUGUGUUCCAGCCCAAGAAGGGACAGAAACUCCUGGGUAAGGUGAAUAAACUCGGAGUGAGCCAUGUAGGCUGCCUUGUUCACGGCUGCUUCAACGCCAGCAUCCCCAAACCCAAUCUCGUCUCCGUGGAAACAUGGAGGGACGCAGGGCCGAGGAUCGGCACGGAGCUGGAGUUUAAGGUGACAGCGCUGGAUGCCGACUCUGCAGGGGUGCUGCUAAUUAGGGGACAACUCCAGAGGACAAGCGUCCAGGAGCUGAUGGCUUUGAGUGAAAACCCAGAGUCAAGCUUUCCUGCUGGUCAGCAAGAACCACGGGAUGCAGAGCCGGCCCCAGAGUCACAGGAAACAGAACCGGUCCCAGAUCUGACCCAGCAAUGCCACGAGGACAUGCCCAAGAAGAAAAAGAAGAAGAAGAAGGAGAAAAUCAAAGAGGAAGAGACAGAAGAACAGAUAACAAGGAUAGCACCAAACAAGCUGCACCUCCUAGCAGCACCGGCUCUGAACGGGUCUGCAGAGAACGCAAACAGCGGGGACACUCCGGAGAAAAAGAAGAAAAAGAAAAAGGAGAAACAUGUUAAAGAAGAGGAGGAGGAGAUAGAGGUGUCUGGCAUGGAGAGCCAAAGUAGCUUUAGUGACAAACCAAGCAAAAAAAGAAAAUUGGAAAGCAGGACUGAUCCGUCAGAUGAUGAAAUAACGCCGAAAAAAUCCAAGAAGAAGAGAAAAAGUGAUGUUUAGGUUUUCACCUGAAUUAUGUAAUUGUUUGUUAACAUAGCCUCCUUUUCUGGGCCAGUUUUAAAACAUUUAAUUUAAUAAAAGUCCUUCACAGAAACUCAUCUCUGGUGGCCUUACUCAGUGGGAUGUAGUUCCAUACACUGCCUGAUGGUGGAGCAAAAGCACCAUAAAUAAACACAGUGGAAGGCAAAAAUCAGGGGCUGAACACUUGUCAAACCUGACAUGAAAGUAACUCCCAUUCCUCUUGUGCCUUUUUUCGGACUUCCUCCCCAGGAAUGAACUGUUUUGAAAAAACUUGUCUUAAAAGUGAGUUUGGAUGAAUCCUCUUUAUAACGCUUGUGGCAAAGUUACAGUGAACACAGGAUUUGUCCAUUUCUCUGGAGUGUUCUAUUUGCUACAA